UAAAAUAAAAAAUAUCUCAUCUACACCUCCAAUAAUUCAUUUUUGCAUACAUUAUUUGCUCAACAAACAUAUUUAAAAACAUACUGUGGAAUAAAAGCUACCAAAUAAUAUUAUAUUUCUCAAAGAAAUCUCCAUUUUUCAAUUCCUAUAAAGCAGUUCCUAAAGCCAUUGACCUUUUCUUGAAUCUGAAUUCAAGUUCACAAGAAAGUAAGAAUAAUGAGACACCAACAACAACUGGAAGCUGAAGAAGAUUACCAAUCAAGGGUUCUAUACGAGCUAUGUUCCAUGAUCCAUCGCACUCUCAAGUUCCCUUAUCAUCCAUAUCCAUUUCCUUCUUCUUCCUCGUCCUCCUCUUCCUCCUCGAGCCAGCCAUGGUGGACAAUGUUGUCGUGGGCCGCCGUGAGUUCCUCGCAGAAUUCUCCGGCGGCUUUCGCGUCCAUGUUUCUGGGCAUAUCACUUACACUGAUGCUAUUCGGGUCGGCCACAUUCCUAGUAGGGUUCAUCAUGUUACCAUGGGUUACUCUCUUGGUUGUGAUUUUCUGUGUAGCCUCAUUGGUUUCCAACUUAUCCAAGCUCUUGAAUCGUCUCAUUCUUGGAUCCACUACUUUCCACAAUAACGACUUCACAUACAGAUGAGGCCAGGAAAUUUUUAAAGCUCUAGGAGGGAAGAAGAAUUCACCUAGAAUUUUUGAGGUUAGAUUGGAAAUUACAAUACAUAGUUAUGUACCAUUUGGAAAAGUAAUUAAUGAAGCAGGUAACAUUGCUGAGUUUGAUGAUGACUUUUUUUUUAUCAAAGAUAAGAGACUCAAACCCAUAACUUUUUAAUUGAGUAUAAAGAGACUAUACCAUUUGAGCUAUAACUCAUUGGCGUUUGAUGAUAACUUUGCAUGAAAUAGAAUAAUAAACUAUCAAAUAUGUUCCCGUGGCAUGAAUUAUUGGCAUGUUUUGUGAGUGAAGGCUUUCGCAUUGAAAGAAAUCACAAACAAAUGACAUAUAUAUCUGUUUGUAAGUUCACUAUAAUAAUUGACAAGUUGGUUU